GAAGUAUAUUACACCGAAACGUUGCUCAGUGGCGCUUCUUUGAAGUAUAAGCUUGCUUUUAAGGUUCAUCUAAACUAUUCAAGUUCCUUUCACUGGACUUUUAUUGCUUUAAUGACUUUUGCUCGGGACCGCAGUCAGAAUGUCGAUAAGAGAUAUAUUAUGCGUGGCCAUAUCCACCAUGGUGCUUGUUGGAGGUAUGAUAGACCUUGUGACGGUUUUUGACGCCAUCUUGACGAGAAUGUUGAAUAAUUUCCGUAGAACGGUUGUUCUGGAAAAAAUAUGAAUUGUGAACUAACGUUUCACUCCUAAGAUUCUACCGAAAAAAAUUAGAGGACGUAAACCCACUUUUUUUAAAAAGUUUCUAUACAUUUAUCUGUAAGAAAGUCCCGGGAAAAAUUACAGACAAAUAUAUGGAAAAGUUAAAGCAAAUCUCUGGAGAAAUUUAAGCGAGGGUACGCCCCCGAAAUGUUUUAGUACAAACCUUUGUAUUGUAGCUUUAGUUGACAAGUCUUUUUUUUUUUUCAGAACAGUCAUUUUACCGAAAUUAUUCGACACUAGAUUCGCAUACAAACACUGUAAUUUCUCACACAUCUGCCUAGCUUGUCAAGAUGGCGUCGAAAACCGUGACAAGGUCUAUUGAUAAAUGCGUAUACUUCAACAACUAUUUAUGCUUACUUGUGUAAUAUGAAAUUCAGGGCGUCUUAAAUUAUACUUUAUUCACAGAUUCACAGGCUUUCUUUAUGUGGACUGCGCCUUUUCCAGCUUGGAACCAAACUAAUCCAGGAACACAAGAAAUUCAAACUACAGUUAUGGGAGUACUAAACGGCAGUAAAAAUCAUCGGUUGCAAUGGAAUUACACACUCCAGCCGAGCCAAAGUUUAACAUUUGCCUUCUUCGGUAUUGGAGAUGGAAGCAGCCAACCAGAUACCAUAGGCUAUGCGCUGAGAGGAAUUUCUACAAUCAACAACAGGCACGAAUAUCAAAGAAGGUUCAAUAUUGCAAGUACAAGUGAAUUUUCGACGUUGAUAAUACGCGAAGUGACUCAAAGAGAAGAAGCAACCUUUCAGUGCAGACUCCAAGUAGACUCGAAUACAUGGGCCUACAACGUACGAAUUUACGUCGCAGGUAAUAAACCUAAGCUAAAUUAUUUCUAAAUCAUAAUUUUGUUAGGAAUUUUAUAGAAACAGGCUAGGUCUGUUACGUUGAUACGUUGUUCUCAUGCAAACAAACAAGUUAAUCCGUAUUCGGCCCUUUUCCAAUGCCUUACUUAGAUUAAGUAUCGAAGAAAUGAACAAUUUUCUUUUAUUUAAGUGAAACACUGUUACUUAAAAUUCAUUCUCUUUUCUUGUUCUCAACAUUGUGAAGUUAGAUCACUCGGAUUUGAAUAGUCUUCAUAUUUAUUUUUGUUAUACUCUCCAUUGACACGGUUUGAUGGACGUUUCGAAAAUAUGUUACAUCUAUUCCAAAACAACUAAAAAUCGAUAUAAGGGGAUUUUUAAAAGAUGUUUACUUAAACAUGGGCAACACAGAAAAUUGUUCUACAGCUUGGGGUUUUCAUAUAAUAUAGUAAAUCAUGGCAUGUACGUUCAAUUUGUCCUUGGCCUUUGGAUGAGGAUGAGUGAGUCCAAGAAAGAGUACCAUAUGUACCUCAAAUCUAUCAAAACACGGCCGAAAUUGGCGAAGCUUUAAGAUCUCCAAUUAAAAAUGUAAUCAAGACCCAUAGUCGUACAAUUGGUUGCAUUUCUACCUUUCAAACCUCGUCCUCCCCUUAAAAAAAUGAAUAAUGAGUGUAGAAGGUUAUGGAUGAACAUCUUUGACUCCCGUGAAAGCUGAGAAGCAUAUAAAGUUUGUUGGGGCUCUACAGGGCAUUUUGCUGGGCUCUUUACUAUUAUUCAUCAGUGUACAUAAAAAUACAUGCCACUAUAUAUCACACUUAAUUACAGGCUAACCUUGGCCACGGUUAUUUUAAAAAAAUUCUGAGGCCGGACUUCCUAAAGUGUUUCUCAGAGGAAUAUUCUCAGUAGUAGCAUGUCUGUUUAUUCAGCCCUACAGGCCUUCUUAAUUAAUUGACACUGCCAACCGUAAACACUAUAAAGUACGUAUUGGCAGAUAUGGGCAGCAGAUUUUUUUAUUUGCGGACUUGGAAAGUAUAACUUGAUGAUUACACACCAAGUUCUUGUUUAUAUUUCUUUAACUCAAUCGAAAUUAUGUUAUGUUAUGCUUGUUUAUUACCAUGGGAAACUUACACUUUGGCGUAUAAAAGUUAUGUCCUCCAUCUCUUCAGGAGAAGUGCGUGUGAAAGCUGUGGAACUUCCUCCAAAGCUUAUCAUGAUAAAUUCAAUCAUCACGCUCCUUGUUUUCUUGAGCCAGAUGGUUGGAAGGUCCAUACUCAAGAAUGAAAUCAAAACUUGGUUACUGUUUCCCACAGGUGCACCUAGCUUAUCUGGAGUCCUGCUGGAGUAUGUUAUCUACAGUGAAGCCCCUAUUAUGUGGCCCUAUUAAGCCGACAACCUUUAUUGGGGGAAGAAUGGUCCAUUUUGCCUCAUGAAAUCUCUUUUCCCACAUUAAGGCUGGUGGGUGUCCGUUUUAAACAAGCAUCAGUCUUUUGGGUGUUGCAAAUGGACAGUUCCUUAACACACUGCAAAGAAGCACCUACACGAAGUGAAUCACCACGCCUGUCUCCUUUGUAAAAACGCUAAAUAUCAAGGCAUUAUCCCUUUAAAUAGGGUGAACUAUAAAAACUAAUGCUAACUCGAAGUGUAAGAUCAAACGUCAACCUAGAUAAACUUAAAGUUAGAUGCAAAUAUCUUUUCUAGCUUAUCUGAGUAUUCAUAUAUUGAACCUCUACUGCUUGUUACACAGGGCUGUACAUGUGCAUGCACUUCGUUCCUGUGCUACAAACUAUAUUGUAAAGUAUAAAGUACUAAAUAGAUGAUUACAUUUAAGUUACCAUCUUAUAAUUAAUAAGAAUUGCAUUGCACUAACAAAUUUGCAUGAAAACCAGACAAACAUGUCUAUCAACUUUUGUACAGCAUUUCAUCCAUCACAUUUAGUGACCACAAAUAAAUUUCCACUUAUUGCUUUAAACCUAAACUAAGGGAAAGAUCGUUGUGAAAAUAUAAAUAAUAAGCAACAAAUCGAAAAUAUUCAUUUUCACUAAACGUCAUGUUGCUAUCGCAACACACAUUUCAAUCCUGUUGUUCAGAUAUUUUUAAAACAUGUUUCCAGUUAUUGGUGGUUGUUGAAAGACCAAUUAUAAUUCUUUUUUUAAGGUGUAAAACAUAUCAAAACUUUGUUCUAUAAAGUUCUCUUCUCAUCAGUAGUAAGGUUAGAAUGCGGUAAAAAUUUCCAUAAAAAUCAGACAAAAAAGUCGUCUAGCGACGUUUUUGCAGCAUGUAAUCAGUCACAGUUAAUGACCAAAGAAAUUUCUAAAACUUGCAUUAAACCCAUUAAACCUAAGAACGACUUUUUAAGUAUAUGUUUUUAAUGAGUCAAGAUCAUUUCACUAUCUGUAUAUUGAUAAAGACUAAUGUUUCCAAGAAAAGGAAAGGUUAAUAUAGAGAGAACAAACCGGUUCCACUAAAAUGCCAAAAAUGGCCAUAAAUCGCAGGAACGAGGAAAAACAAAACAAAAGUGAGGUUAGCCGAUUUUUAUUUAAAUCCUUUCAGAUACGUAGGUUACAAAAACAAAUAUUUUUUCCCAUACCAAUCCUUAUAUUUUGAAGGUUACUCGACAAUGCUGAUGUCAUAUUUCGAGCUUGAUCCAGUUGGUUUGAUUUGGUUAUUGACGUUUUUAACAUUAAGCUUUCUUUCUUUGCUCAAAGGUUUCUUUAUUUGAUUUUGUAGAUCCACCACGUAUAACUCACAUCUCUGGGAAUCAAACUUUGAAAAAGGGUGAUAUCGUAAGCCUUAACUGCACGGCAAGAGGUAAUCCAGCACCAAACAUCUCAUGGAGUAGAGUUUCUGAUGGAAGCGUUGUAACUUUUCCACUGAACGUCACAAGUCACCAUAAUGGAGCCUACAGAUGCACUGCUGAUAAUGGGUACGGAGACCCAUCUACUGCUGUAGUCUCCGUUUCUAUUCAAAGUAAGACCAUUAUGCUUCACCUUACAGUUAAAUGCAUUUGUUAAAAAGUUAUGUAUGACCAGAUAGCCCAUAAAGUCAAGCAAAUUCAUAUAAUCCUUGUUAGACUAAGCUAGAACGGCGAAAACUGACUGCUGUAUUCACGGUUUGAUACUGUUCUCCUUUACUAAAAGCUUUGGAUAGAAUGUAGCAGAUUUACGGACACUAUGGGUUUUAUUUUAUCGUUCAGUUAUCGUUUUAUUUGCCUUUUGAUUUUCAAUCAUUUAAAUGUAUUGAAAAUUGUUAAAGGGGGGUUUCAGCUACAGCUCAUUAGGAAUGGAAAUGCUUUUUAACGUUCCUGUCGAUUCCUGUCAAUUGCUUUUUAGAGAAGGUCGCUUUAGUUCUAGAGGUCAAAAGAUUAUGUUUAACAAUCAGUGCGUUAUUCGAGUAAAAAUAACCUUUAGUGGCUAGUUUGCCGUUAGUUAGUCUUGUUAAUUCUAAUUUAUCUAUUCUGUCGUUUAUACAGCUCCUUCAGAUAUCCGCUACAUCUCUGGUAACCAGACAGCAAAUCGAAAUGAAAAUGUUACGCUUAUCUGUAAAGCUGAAGGCAAUCCAAAGCCUAACAUUACCUGGAAAAGACUUAAUGAUGGACGUUUCACCACUUUUCCUUUGACAAUCACUGGUAAAGAGGAUGCUGGCGGCUACAGGUGUACUGCUGGGAACGGCGUUGGUGAUCCAGCUGUUGCUGACGUCUUUAUAGCUGUUUUAAGUGAGUCAAACGUUAUUCUAUGAAGGGCUUCGCGUAUGGUAUAAAUAAACAGAAUUUUGUCCACAGUAUAAAACGUGAAUUUUAAGAAGAUGAAAGGAACAAAAAAAGAAGGAAAAGAAAAGAAGAAUAUAAGAAAUGAAGUGAAUAAAAAGACUGCUACCAUUUGACGUUAGUAGAUGUAUGGAUAGGUUAUAGGUUAAAAUUUCUUUCUAUUACAGGCGCAAUAGAAAUAGUGUACGGCAGUAGAUAAUAAAGCCGAUUUUAUGGCAUGUCUCAUUACUGAAAAUGUCAUGUCUUAGGGUUGGUGACUGUUUGUCCUUCUGCCUCAUUGAAUAUACGAGUAAGCGAUCGAUUACAACUCGCAUAGCAUAAGAGCAAAAGGGGAGGGGUGGAUGAGUAUCCCGAUAUCGUUAACACACUACAAUACCUUAUCUAAGCAAGUGUCACAUUGGAGAUUAUAUGACAUAAAUACUCCUUAGCUUACACGGUAUUUCUCUAUACAGAACGUUUCUAACAAAUGAAUAUACUGCAGAGUGCAGACAUGGUCUAAACAUAGGAUCCCCGGUUGUGAAACUGUUUAUCAGAACGGCUUUCACGUUAUUCAAUUGGUGGGAAAAUAACAAAAACAGCAACAUUAUCCGGACAUAUGUUUUGCAACUGACUGGACAGUGAUAACAAAGUAAUGAAGAGUUAGUAAAGUAUAACCGAUAGUAUCGAUAGUACAUUACCUGUCCGCAUGUUAUACCAGGGGCGGAUCAGGGGCGGACCUAGGAGGAGGGUACAUACAUAGACCUAAAAUGUUCGUUUGUCCGGUGCCGAAAAUAUCACAAGUCAUGAUGAAACGGCGCCGCCGAGCUUCACAUCUCGCUAGAUUUACUUUGUGGCGCAACGGCCGCCGAAACUUUUGAAAGAUGAACGUUUUGAAAGAUUCAGCAAAAACAGACCGAUUGUAGACCUUCAGCAAACUCUUGAAAUAUGUACGCUUUACGAAGAUUCAGCAAACUUUUAAAAGAUGAACGCUUUACGAGGAGAGAAUAAAAGACGUCAGCAAACGCUUGAGGACGUACGAAUCACACGUGAGGUAGUUCGUCAAAGUGAGGUAAAACGUGAGCAAGCGCCUCAAAGCCGGGCAAAUGUGUGUCGACGACGACGACAAAUGCAAUCCGGAAAAAACCUCUCUUAUUAAUUGCACAGGGAACCCAAUAAUGCACAAAACACCCAACACAAAUUAGGGGUUGCGUUCUCGUACCUCGAACGCAAUUAUCUCAGAAGUGUAACGUCGCUUAUUGCACCUUUUAAAAAACAUUGUAUGGUGUUUAAAUCUACCUGGCUGGCUCCAUAGACUGGAAGUGCGUACGUGAUCUUUGGCAGAUCGAUAGCCUUAAACAGGUGGCCUAUCUCUACGUGUAUCCAUCUUUUCUUAGUGAUCUUAAAAUGUACAAAUGCUUGUUUUCUUCCCGAAGCUUUCCCUUAACAUGAGAUGAGAACUUACAGUCGUUUUGUAAUGUGACACCUAAUAGAGAAAGACUGUUAUUCUGUUCUAUGCCACAUACUGGGGGAAAGUUAGACACCUUUUUUAACCAUACAGAGUUCUUUGCAUUUGCUUGUGUUACAGCUCAUACCAUUAACCUCUGUCCACAUUUUUUUUUGUGAUUCAUCUACACUGUUCUUAAACACAGCCACAAGAAUAGAAGUGUCGUCAGCAUACUUUAAGUAAGAUCGCUAUCCUGGCAGUACUGAGUGACGUAAAGAUCGUUUAAGAACAGGUUAAACAAAUACGGGAUACUGACGCUUCUUUGAGUAGUACCUCGGUUGACAUCCUUCCAGUCACAAACAGUAUUAUGACAUGAUUAUGUGACGGUCUCUCUGUCACCUUUUAUACCGGUUAAUUGUCUUUUAUUAUGGCAGUCACCACUUGAUCAAUCAGAAUUUACGGACUUCUCGGAAAAAAAAGACUUUUGUCCCUUAAUAAAGCUUUAUGUACAUGUCACAUAACCCAAACAGGACAGAACUUUUCCCCUCUAUGUCCCAUUAUUGCCCUUUGAUAUAUAUCUAUCAAUGAAGUAGUCCGAGAUGAAAAUGCGUUGUUUCACUAGUAUAUCCCCUUGAAAAGUUACGGAUUAAAAACGACGUUUCGACCGAUCUUCGGUCAUUUUCAAGUACGUAAAAAAGUUAAUAGAAUUAGCAUAUAUAUGUGUAAGGUGUAAAAAUAUGUUAAGAACUAUAAAAAAUGAUAGAAGAAUGAAAUAAAGUAUGCAGAAUAGAAAAACAACAGUAGAAUCUAAUUUUAAAAAAACUUUUGCACGAAGUGAGUCUGAUUGUACAUUGAGACUAGGUCUCAGUUCAUUAAUAAAACACAUUUCAAACACCAGGCAGUCAAAUUUGCUUUUACAUUUCUUUAAAAUGCUAAACGUAUUACUAAGGUCUUUAGGUGCUGAAGAAUGUUUAACACGAAAGUGCUGACCGAUGGAUGAACGUGCGCUUUUUUUUUCUGCAUGCUUUAUUUUAUUCUUUUAUUAUUUUCAAACAUUUUUAAUAGUUCUUAACAUAUUUUUACACCUUACACAUAAUUAUAUAUGCUAAUUCUUUAAACUUUUUUACUUACUUAAAAAUGACCGAAGAUCGGUUGAAACGUCGUUUUUUAUCAGUAAUUUGUACUGUUAAGUUUUAGAAAACCCUUACUUAUAUAUCCCCUUGACAUUACUUAUGUUUUAAAUUUUCAGUUCCGCCGGAAAUAACUUUCAUCUCUAGCAACCAGACGGCCAAUCAACAUGACUUAGUGACGUUGAACUGCUCAGCUGAUGGAAAUCCGCGACCAAACAUUUCCUGGACAAGAGUUUAUGAUAACACCAUCGUCGCAUUCCCACUGACCAUAGUUUCUAAACAAGACGAGGGAGCGUACAGAUGCACAGCCCAUAAUGGCAUUGGUAGUCCAGCCACCGAAGAGGUUUUUAUAGAAAUGAAAAGUAUGUAAAUGUUAUUGUUUUCCGUCAAUAGAAGUGGGCUUUCAUCAAUAGCGCUGCGCACAGAUGACGUCACAAAAACGUCUCAAGAACGCUGUAUGGAAACGGCACAGUUUGCGAUCAGUUCUCCUCGCCGUUUUAGCGUUUCAGGAGCGUUCCAGUUUCGAAAUUCGAGGAACGUCCAGGAAAAUAUAGUGUAGAACAAAUCAAAACAUUGCUCAAGUGCAACAGAUUGAAGCAGAGUGGAAAAUGAGAGAACUUUGAAACGCCGUGUCUCGAUACCUUAUUUGCAACCCAGCCGGUAAAUGUUUUCAAAGAAUUCUCAUCAAAUUCUUUAAAGAAAAUUUGAUAAUUGUUUAGAAAUUUCUAUUUCUGUGCCGAAGUAGAAAGAGUCGUAGUCGUACCAGAUAUUCAAUAAGUUUAGAUUUUCACUGACACAAAACACAGCGUACUUCGCUUUCUUUCCGGAUUUCUCGCAUUUAUUUAGUGAUUCAGGUAACUUUUUCAGGGAUCCUUGAGUCCCUCUCACAUUCUUCCCAGCUGCAACGCUUGUUCUUUACCAUAUUCCGAUAAAAAUACGCGAAAAAAACAUUGUUUUGACUCAACACUCGGUAAACGCGCAUACAAAGCGUUUGAGUGAGAAGCAAAGUUUGUCUGAGUCAUGCGGGGGGUCUUAUCAGACGUAGACUAUUAGAAUCUGUGCGCAGCGCUAUUUGGUUCUCUCUUUCCAUGAAUAGUUGUUAACAAUAAUGCUGUUCUUAUGAAUUUGUAGAUCAUACCUAGUUACUCUAAGAACUGGAAGGAGAGGGUAUUGACGCAAGUCUCCAGGAUGAAUGGCUUUUACACAAUUACUUUGUUCAGAAUGUUUUUGUUUGUUUGUUUGUUUGUUUUUUUUUUUAUCAAAAAACUCUCUCUCACACACACUCUAAGACUUCCUUAUAUUGUCUGUUAGGGAUGUCCGAGGUCAGACCUGUAAAAAUGAAAUAGAUUGUUGGUUGAUUAUACAACAAGUAUGGCAAAUAAAACUUUUUUUUUAAUUCUGAACUCUAUAUUCUACUUGAAUCCAUAGAUGGCGUCCUCAUCAGGAGGAACGUAAUUCUUAAUCUGUCACCCAUAAGAAUUGUCGGUUUAUGAUUAGAGACUUAGAAAAUUUUGUAUAACUUUAUACAUUAAUUUCACAUUGUUAUCUAGAUAAUCCCAAGACUAUAAAACUAAGACAGUGUCCUCAGAUGUAAUAGUUUUCUUUCCUAAAUGCGCGAAGGGCUGUCUUAGCUGUGCCGAAUGUUUUAUGAAAGAAAUCUGAGCUGCAAAGAAAAAUUAAUUUCCAAUCUUAAAAUGUUUGUCAGAUGAUAACACAAUUUUUUGUUCCUAGACUAUCGGCCUAUGGACACAUCUCUCACUGUGAAUAUGACUGGAAAUGACACUAUUAUAGUGAAUACAAUCAUCGAUCUCCUCUGCAGUGCAAAGGCCGACCCACCUGCAAAGUAUCGGUUCUACAAAGGUCUAGAGAGUUUGUUUAAUACUACACUCGAAAGCAACGCAGCGACAUUUACCACGUUAGUCAGGGAAAGAAAAAGUCGGGUGAAAUUUAGAUGCACACCCUUCAAUGACUUUGGUGAAGGUCCCACAAGAACAAUAAAUUUAACAGUCAGAUGUAAGUACAGACCUGUAAUCAUUAUUUUGUACUUGACUUAAACUUUUCACUCUUAGAUUGACAGUUCCUUCUCAUGAUACGUUUUUGUUUUCCUCACCAGCAUUUUAGCGGAUAAAAUGUGGAAAUUUUGUUAAACUUGACUUUGGCCACUUUGGAGUGAACGGUUUAAGGGCCUUCUGGUGAAAACAAAUCUGUGGUGUCAUUAUUUGACAGGUGACCAAGAAGAUAACUUCUCAAAGCCAGCGACACACUUUUUUCUGCAGAUCUCCUUUCUCAAAAAUUACAACUUGUUGUCUCCUUACCCGUUCAACAAGGUUCAGCAUAGAGCAAUUUUCAAUUGAGUGUUGAAAGUAAUCCAGGAUUGAAUUGGUUUUGCUUUACUGUGCUGUUUGAUUGGUCUAGAAAACUCGCGCCACCCUCUCAGCUAAUCAGAUGUAAACUAAAACCAAUCGCUCCUUGGUCACUCGCGUUUUCCCGCGCUACAGGCCGGUUACACGCGUUUACUUCGAGUUGCCAUUGGCUCCCUCUAAUAAUUUCCUUACUCUGAUUGGCCGUUGUGAUUACUUUGGUUUUGGUUUUCGACACUCAAUUGAAAAGCGCUCUAGUAAAUGGGCUAUUUCAGUGUUCAACAUAAGUGGCAAUCUCAUGAUACCAUUUUCGUCUUUGUUGAACAGAAAUUUCAAAAUGCGUUGAUCAAAAUAUUUUGACCCCUUGGUCACUGGAUUAUACGGGUUCGCGUUAUACAGGUUUGAUUCCGUCACUGAAACUUGAUAAAAAAAAAAAAUAACAAUUGGCGAUAGUAACUAUCCGUAGAUUUUCAAACCUUUUUGACUCCAUGUUGUUUGAGCCUAGGUUCUCUUUUCUAUUCUUAGAUCCUCCAGCGAUUUCCUAUGUUUCACCAGAACGUGAAGAAUACAUGGAGGGAAAUGACGCUCUACUAUUCUGCAAUGCAACUGGAAAUCCACCACCCAGCAUAUAUUGGACAAAGCAAGGAAGCAACUUCGCUCUCUCUUCAUCGGAGACUCUACAUCUUACCAGUUUGAGGGCAGAUGAUGGGGCAGUGUAUCGAUGCAAAGCCGAAAAUUAUCUUGGUUCAUCGGAAACUAAUAUCGCAAUAACAGUCCUACGUGAGUGUUCACUGUUAUUGUUUUCAAGUAGUCACUGGCUCAUUGAAAGUUAAAGGUUCAGACAUCUAAUGUCGUGCUGCCGGCAUAUAGGGACUAAGCAGUUGUGCACUUUCCAAUCGGUUUUGGAAGGGCGCAAUUUUGGCGCGUGACCGGUAUUUCGGUAUUUCUGUUGGUCAUCCAAAAAUUUCUCUAUCGAGGUAGAGUCUGUAGGUUAAGGUGAUUAUUUUUCAAAAAAAAAUUAAUUGAAAUUUUUACUUAGGGAAACCAAGUGUAAAGAUUCGAAUGUGUACUACACCAGUUAUGGAGGGUAGAAAUGCAUCACUUGAAUGCGCUACCACUGGUAUCCCAGUGCCCAGUAUUGCCUGGAUCAGAGCAAGUACCAGGGAGGUUGUUUCAUACAACAAGACGCUUGUCAUCGAAGCUAUUCAAAGGAAUCAUUCUGGAAGCUACCAGUGUCUUGCUUGGAAUCGAGUUGGUAAUAGCAGUGUUUCGUGCACAAUCGACGUACACUGUAAGUCACUCUGUGUGUUUGUUUUCUGUUUCGCUUGUUUCUGGAUAAGUAAGAUUUGAAAACCAGAGUUAUACACGUAACUUUAACAAUUUAUCUAUGCAGAAUAGUUAUACUGGUUGAAAAAAGUGAGUGAAAUAAAGCAACUGGAACAAAAGAAUGCGCAUCAGAAUGACUUUUAUUUGAAAAGGCAUAGAAUUUGAUCUAGUUCUAACGAAAACACUUAACAAUGUCCUUUGAUAAGCCGGGAAAGUAUUCUCGUAAGUAAAAGGUUUUGGUUUGCUUAACGACGCUGCAAGCUUAUUGAAAUAAUUAUAAAAGUAAGUUAAAAGUAAUGGGAUAAUGUAUAUAAAAAUAAUCUGCCAUCUUAACUCCUCCCAUUAAACUACCUUAUUAUAGGAAAUUAACGCUUCAUAAAAUUAACGCGAAUUUCCAAAAUUCGCGUUAAUUUUGGACGCGUUAAUUUUUGUUGACGUUAAUUUCCGUGCCGUAAGUUAAGUGUAGAGUUAAUUUCCAUGACCUUAAUUUCCAUUGUUUUGACUCCAAAUUGUCAAUACCUUCUGACAUUCUUGCCCUAAGAAAGAGGAAUAUUUUUAUCAGGGUGAAGUUCCACCAGUAACAGAGAAACUUUGUAGAACUUGAAGUUGCCUGAUUUCUUCCCUUAAACAAGUCGUACGUUUAAGGAAAGAACCGAGAACAAACAAGUAUCCAUUUCGGAUUCCAAGUUAACUUAAAUCCUGUUGUCUCAACAAGUUUUGUUUUUUUAUAAACGUUGUGUUAAUUUCCUUUAUUUUGAAAUGUUACCCUCUCUUCCACGUUAAUUUCCUUUAUUCGAAAAUCGUUUUCCACUAAAUCCGCGUUACUUUAAGUCGCCUUAAUUUCCAAUACCUCAAUUUCAUGGAGCGUUAAUUUCCUAUAAUUAGGGUGCAUGUUUUUUGUUUCUCGAUAACCGGGAUGGGAUGCAUUGCAACUUUAACGAGUCGAGCCAAAAUUGUCUGGUUCAACUCAUGUCAGGCCACUAGUAAAAACCGAUCAUGCCCUUUUUGUUUCCUUUGAAGAGAAUCACUUGACAUUUUUUUUUCCUGUAGACUUUCUAAAAUAAGCAUCGUUGACUGAGUUUACUUAGUUUUAAUUUCAGCUCAUUCAUGUGGACCUACUGUAGCUAUGACAUCGCCCCUUUUAAACUCCUCACUUAGUUUACUCUGCCUUUUGCAUCACAGAUCCUCCUUCUGAUUCAUCUCUCAAAGCAGUACACGGUAACACCGCGGUGCUACGUGGUUCUUCUAUCACACUAAUCUGCAGUACAGACGCCAACCCUGGGGCAAAUGUGUUCCUUUUCUAUUUCAAUCUGAGGCUCCUAGUUGUGAGUAACUCAGGCGUUAUUAAUGUCACCGUCGAAGAGGAUGGAAUAUUCACGUGUAUUCCUGUCAACCCAGUCGGCUCAGGUCGGACUUCUCAAAGUGUAAUAGUCGUUGGUACGUUGCUAUAUAUAUGCUAGUUAUGCAAUGCUUUCGAGUGGAAUACCGUGAAAUAUCCCACAAGUGAGACUUUUUUUUUUCUAAAUAUACACACUAGGCUUUUGGGCGAGUGUGUAUACAAAGAAUAAUCAAUUCACACUUCGGAUAUUCAUGAUACACCAUGAGAAAGCAUUUCAUAACUAAUUUAUCCCAUGCCACUUAAGCUGUCUACAGACGCCCCCCUCCCUCAGAAAAAAAUCGGGAGAAGAGACGUCUGUGAAUCGCCGUCGUUAAUUGUGUUCCCGUUUCCCCGGAAUAUUGGGGAAAGCCUCUGAUUGGUUGUAAUGUUAAUGCCAUGAUGCAAAUAAUUUUUGGUGUUGUGAUUGGUAAAUGAAUCUCAGUCGUUGUGGACAGCUUACUGCAUUUAUAUUCGUUUACUUGUAUUUCGGCUCUCUGGAAAAGGCAUGUCAAGUUAAAGGACCCAGAUGUUUGCUGCACCGGUUGCCGGUGAGUCUGUUCUCUUCCGGUGGCUAUUGGAAAUAAAAGAGAAGGAUGUACAGAAUUCAGCGCUUAAUCAGAGAUCUUAUACCUGGGUUUUAGCGUGGAAAUUGCGGGAAAAUGUUCGGCUAGCCUGUUACAGACGUCCCCUGGCGUCUGUACAAGGCUCAUUCGACCUACAUGUGGGGGUCAUGACUCGUAGAAUAGGGCAAAAGUAGAACUACAUUUGUAAUAUAAUUCCUUGCUGAAGAAAAGUGAAUGAUCCUACUCGAAAUCAUUGAAUGGAUCAACUCCUGCAUAAAGGGCUUGACUGGAAGAGUAAACAGUGCUCCCGAGAUCAAAAUUUUGUCAAACCAAAAACCACAGGAAAUCGAUGCACAGUAAACAGACCGACUUUAUGAGCUAAAAGAAGACCGAAGAAUGUGUUAGAAUCUUCGAAAGCAUAUGGUAUUUUAGCUAUAUAUUCUAGUUAGAGAUUACUAGCUUAAUUAGCUAUAAAGGUUGAGAACAUCCGAGAGAAUAACUGCGUACGUGCUCUAAAACUAAAAGAGCCCAGAGUCGUGUUGGUCUGUCAGCACCUUUUCAACUGUCAAAGAAAAAAAAAAAAUUAUUUAUGCGUAUGCAUACCAGAACACGAUUAACGACGGUCAUUCACAGACGUCUCUUAUCACGAUUUUUUUUUCUCGGGGAGGGGGGACGUCUGUACACAGGCUAAUGCCACUAAACAUCACAACCUAAACUGAAAUAAAGAAACCUCGAUAUUACGGUCAAACUCGAAGAAAGUUACUUUUAAGCUACAUACAAUGCCCAAAUGAUCAACAGCUUAUAGUUCGUAUUCAGAUUUGUCUAUAGUACUUUACCUGCAUCCUGAAGAUUAGAAGUGUCGAAUGUUUCUGAAGGGAUUUUGCAACACUGGUUAACUGGUUUGUUGUCCUGCUGGAAGUUUUGGGAAAAUGAAAAGUGUAACCCGCCACUAUCAGCUCUAUUUUCGGGGGGGAAAAGUGGAGCCGCAGGUAUCGCCGGCAUUUUUUCGUGAAAUACUACCCUUUGGAUACCGCAAAUUAAACCAACGGAUCUCUAACUCUCUGAUUGGGUGUAUUCUCUAUCGCAUGGGAAAAAGUAAAUUAAGACAUCGGUCAAAAGCUAUCUUCCUUAAAAACUAAGGGAGUGGUCUGUCUGCGAAAGUGUUUAAAAAGAGGGGGUCUUAAUAGAGGAUUUGCACUGUUUGUAAGGAGACUCUUGAAAGUAGAGCUACCUUGCAAAAAAAAUGAUUCCUUUAAAAAGUAUUUCGUAGUAUAAUAACUUAGAAGCAACAAAGUAAAAUUACUUUGUGGGCGAUUUACAGCCAAAAUGAUUAUAAAGCUCACCGUAAAAAUGAACAACAUAAACGUCUGACGAUUGGCCGUGCAGACGUACGUAGGACGUAUCGAGGUACAGACGCCGAGCAUUAAAAAGAGCGCAUGGCAGUAAAAGUCAUAUUAUUAAAUUUAUUAUCGUCAUUGAUCAUGAAAUCGCUUUGCACCCGCACUAUUUGCUAAUUACGUGGUAUUUCACAUCAACAAUUUUGUGUUGUUGGUAUGGUCUUUGUUAGUUAUCUUUCAAUGUUUGUUGUGAUUAUUCGUUUAGCCGACUCCGUUUGUAUCCCUUUAGCAAAAGACAAUUACAUCAAGUAACAUAAAUACUUGAAAACAAAUGUCUACUGGCAAAGACUUCCCAGAAAUUAAGGAGUAGUGAAAAUGACCGGAAUGGCGCCAUUGUGUUGCUAUGUGAACUUGAUCUAAAAAAACUCCCUUAUUUGAAACUAAUAAACCAAAUCUAUACCCUACAAUAGCAUACAUAUGACUUAGAGUGCUAAAGUAAGGUAUCGUCACUGUAAAACCGAGUGAGACCACCUUGUUUUCUGAUGCUAUCUUAUCGCGAGGCUUUCUUCGAUCUGAAAUACGGAAAAUAUUUGACAUAAAAGCUUUGCUUCCUUAUUUCUCCGUUGUAGCGAAAAAAGCCUUAAACUUCCUUUAUUUUAUAACUUACCUUCUCUGGAUAAAUAUGCUUUUUUUAUUUUGCAAGCAAAUAUAAUUCGACUUGAAGUACCGGUUGAGAAGUUGAAUGGACUAGAAGCUGAGUAUCGUGAAGAGUAUGAUGAUCUUAACAGUGUUCCUGCAAAAGCAUUUGUGGACGAAUUUGUAAAUGAGGUAUGCCUUUGAACCUGUGAUCUCCGUACCGUCAAAUUCAACGAAAUUUCUUCGGCCAUUACAUGUAUUUACUAGAGGGAGAAGGGGACAAAGCGGAGGGACCUCCCUGAUUUUUCGUUUAAGAUUACGAUGUAACCCACGUCACAUGACAUCAGGUUUUCACACAUAUGACUUUCUCUUUAGAUAAUUUACACCAUCCUCACCAUUUUUACGCUGCCGAUCCGACAAGAACAAAAGAUUCUUAUAGUUGAAUCUCUCCUAGCGAAAACCUCUGUAUUACCCACAGUUCUCUUGGCUCAAACGAAAACAAACUUGGUGUUUUCAUAACUUUUCUAACUCUAAAAUGCGGAGCACUUGGCUCUGUUGCUUGGUGUCCGUAUCAAGACUUUUUGACUGAAUUUCCUUUUUUAAAAUAAGCCCUUCUGUUUAAAAGUCAAACAGCAGGUACCAAUUGGUGGUUUGAAUUUAAACGUGUCAAGGCGUCCAUGCUGGUGGACAAAAUAUUUUUUUUCGCUGAAUUUGCUUAGAAGUAAAAAAAGUUAUAAAAUAAUUUCCCAGCGGAGAGAAAAGGUUUCUGAUCUUGUCAAUCAGCAUGGCCGCCGGGAAGUCAGCAGUAAACAGCAAAAUUGAAGGUACUGAUUAAUUGCCUGGUGUCAAGAACUAUUUAACUAUUCCUUCCAAGUCUUGCUUGUGAUUAAUAAUAUCAACUGACACCAACCCUCAUGUACAAUUUCCAGUUGGGCUUUUAACCAGUACGUUUCUUUUGCUGAUGCUAUCAUUUUUUCUUUGAAAACUUCUUUUUCUGACUUUCAUCGAAUCCUCUUUUUGCCUUUACAGAUAAAAAAGGUGUAUACGAAUAAUACCAUCUAUGAAAGAGCUAUUGUGACGGGACUCAGGUAUGUGUCCUACUUAAGUCAAACUAAUAAUUAAAGUAAUUAUACUAUAUCAUUUAUUGUUUUGAAAUACAGUUACGUUUUAGUAUAGUAAAAAUAUAAAGUGAACUUCUCCUUACUAUAUUAUACAAGAUUCGAUUAGCUCUGAUAAUUACAAGUAGUCUGACUAGUCUUGAUUUUCUAUGUAUUACUAAAUGUAGUUCCAUUUGUGUAGUCGACUUUUCUCAGACUUGCAGGCAAUAAAAAUGUGCCUUUUUCCCUUUACUUCUUUGUUUCCAGGAGUGGAAGCAUUAUUGUUAAUUUGGAGAUACAUUUCAAAACGCCUGUCACCACAAAUGAAGGGCUUUCUACAUUACGAAAUGUUGUAAGUGAUGGAAGCCUUGGCCCGUUUACUGUUGGAACCUUAAAAAUUAUAACAGGCGUGCUCCCCCCGAGCACAACUGAAGCUACAUUUACGCCCGCAGACGUACCAAAAGGGAAAACUUCGACUUCACUCGGUGAGUUGAUUAUUUCCUUCCAGGGUUUACCCAGAGCAAAAACCGAAGGGGCACCCUUUGAAGUCAGCCGAAGUAUUUUACUAUUUACCUGAACAGGUCGCUCACAGUACAGAACAAAAUAAAUGGGCAGACAUGAAGUUGCAAUUGUCAAGCACAAAUCACAUUCACUUAAAAUAAUGAUUUCAGUUACACAAUACCUCUUUAGAUUCAACGAUCAGAUUAUGCUAAAUGAACUUUACCCAACUAGAAUAACGAAUUUGGGGAAAACGAAAGGAUAAUAGACAUAUAAUAUAAAAUUUUCAAUUUAAACCGUCUGUGGCCCUUGCCACUUUUUCAAAUUUAUUAAUAAAUUAUCAUUGUUGCUGUUUCGUUGACGUAAUACCUAAUAAUGUAGUAGUUAAAUCCACAUUUGGGUAAUUUUUGUGACGUCAGUUCUUGGUGGAAGUACGGCGCGUGCGACACACAAAACUUAAUUUACCCGGGCAUUUUAACACAGUUUGAAAUUGAAUUAUAGAAAAACACCAAACUUGUCAAAACCCAGUAUUGAAUCAUAAAAGAAAACAUUAUUUAAUACAGUGCGUUAUACAUAACUUGUACUUAUAUAAUAUCCCACGACAUUGCACGCUAAACCGUCCAAUAAGAGAUUUUUAUUAUUCAACUUAAGGUUUAUAUGGAACUCAGUAAAUAUUUAUAGCGAGAAUGCGCGACAAGCCGUAACUCCUUUACAAGUGAAACUGGUUUAAUAAAACAAUAGAGCUUAUGUUUUUUGGCAUAAAUAUGUUUUGGGUCCGACUCAGCCCGAGCAGCAUGCCAGGUGAGGGUUAAAUAUGUUCUGAGAAGGGCCCAAAACAUAUCUAUACUCAUGCAGAACGCAAGAAUUUACCGCGCUUGGUUGCCCUCCGUAAUCUAUUCGCUAUAAUUGUUUUCUCCUUUCCUACAGCAUUACCAAAUUUCGAAAAGUUUCCAGAGAGCGACCAGGCACGGUAAAUUCUCGCCUGGUGCAUAAGAAUUUGUUGUUUUGCUAAACUCGAGACAAUAGGAAAUCCCAAAGCAAUAGCCAGAUCUAUGACAUCGCUUCAAUAUUUACUCAAUUUUGCGCCUACGGUAGACAACAUAAAACGUUUUUAAUGGAGACGAAAUUCAGGGAUUUAUAGUACACUGAUCAAUUGCAGCAAUGAAAUUUUGUGAAGUAAAUCUAUCGACGAAUUAUUUCAUGAAAGUAGCCUUAAAAGAGCUUAGCAUUGCGUUUGACUGAUUCACAUGUUCUCAUGUUUUUUUAAAAUCGCGCAAGUCUACUUGCGUUUAGCCGGUUGUACAGUGUACAAAGCUCAUUUGCAAAACGAAUGAGUGAUAAAAACUUUUCGGAAACCUCUGAUAGCUAGGUAGCAAAUUUGUCUGCAUUAAGUCUAGCCUUCACUUCAGGCAUAAUAUUAUUUAUACCUUUGUUUGUGAAACUAUAGGUAGCGUGAGGCAUUUCCAAAGAAAUUGCCGAUAAGGGCAGAAAUUCGAUUUAGAGCUAAAACUAUUAUGACGUCUCUGUCACGUGAUAUUUAUUCCGAUCGCACAAAAAAUAAGUAUAGGUAAUAGCAUAAUUUGUAGUGAUAUUUGGCAUAUUUAUGCCAAAUAUCAUGUACAAAUUAUGCUAUUAUUUUUUUAUACUACUUACCGUAAAAGGUUUGUAAUUUUUAAGCAGAAAUGCCACUGCUCUAAGCCAAUCAUAUUGCAGAAAUUUCUCAUGUGGUAGUAUAAUAAUUUUUAUGUGUAAUACAUGUGUUAUAAUGUUUUUAAAAUAAAGAUCAAUUUGUUAAAGUAUAAGAGAUUAAGGGAUACUAGGUGUACCCAAACAAAUGCUGGGUCGAACCACCUUAAUUACAAAGAAGGGGAAAAAGGGGCCAAGUCAGUGUUUCUUCGCCCCAUGGAUAUCUCAACAGGGAUAAGUUCUCGUCUAGUAAUUGUGUAAUGCUUUCCAUGUAUGGUCUAUAAUUACCAACGACAGUUGCCAAAAUUCUGGAAAUGUGUAUAGCUCAAUAGUCCAUCCACUUUGAAUACCAAUAAAAUUGAACCAACCCAUCAGAAAAGUGUGUGCUUAGCGAAAAGGAAAUCAUCAGUUACAAUGCUUACGGAAGCGCGCAAAUUUUUAGCAACAAAGGUAUAUUUGUUACUCAAUCUUUUUGGAUAACAAUGAAAUUUCUUUUUAAUUUUUCCGAUUUUUGUGAAAUUUGAGGACUUCUCGUUGCCUUUCUUGGCUUUUUCUCUUUCUAACUCUAGAAUUCUGUUAAAUUUGUUAUUCUUGCUAUUUUUGCCAUUUUUCAAGUAAUUGUCAGUAGUUAUAUGGUGGUAUAGUCAGAGCAUACUAAUCCUGCAUACUAAUUAAGUGCCUAGUCACUGCCUUCCUGUAUAUUAAUUAAUACCAUGGCCACAAUUUAAUUUCACGCACGCGCGGUAGCAGUGGACACUUAGAAAAAAUUCGAACAGAAAACAAUGAAAAUUUUAUAAAGAAAUGUGAGAUAAGUAAAAUAAUUUGCGAUACAGCAAGUCGCGCCGUAUACCUGAGCACUAGGUUGCGAUUGAGAUUGAAAGGUUGACUCAUUUAGAUCUUAGUUUUGACAAACUUAAAGUCCCACCUUCAAAUCUCGAGCUUCCCAGAAUGGAAAUAAAAAUACGAAAAAAUUGCUUGCGUCUUCCAUAAGAUUCUAUUGCAAAUGGAGCACUGCCACCUCGAUUAACCUUUUUUCUUUAGUAAUUAAUGACAAUUUUGCUGGGAAACUCUCUUAGGUGGCGAUGAAAUCUUCAAGUACAAAGUCUUAUCUUUCUAUCGUGAGUUUUUUUGUCCACUGAAAAAGCAUAUUCUUCCUUCGCAGGUUUAAAGAAUUUGGAGUUAAUUCUAUUUAUAAAUACGUGCUUCUACCACACGGCUUAAAUCCAAGACCUUCGCUCUACAAUAUCUCGGCCAAAAAUCAUCUAAAUUGUCUCCAAAACCUCUUGUUCGAAAGCUUAUUUCUUUGAGUUUUCAUCGCCAUCUUUGGCUGUGGCAAUAUUUUUGAUCAGCGGCUUUUAUUUGACCAUAACCAACUAUGUAUUUGACCACUUGAACUUUCCGAACAUUAUGAGGCCGGGAAUCAGAGUAAAAACCAGCGGUUAAAACCAUUGCGAAACAGUCUGAACAACAGUCAAGUCGCGCGAAAUUUGACGGGUGAGAUUUCUGGACAUGGUGCCUAGUCAGUUUCUAGCUAGCUAGCGAAAAAGUGGGUUCCUCGAUAUGUAAUGAGCGUGUCUCUUAUGCAAUAAGAACAGUAGGGUUGCCUAGCUAGACUUGCCCGUAAAGUAACUUUAGCCCGGUUUCUCAAACCGUCUAUUAAAAGAAAAGAAUAAUAGGAAUAAUAGGAGCCAUCACCUAGCAACGAGAGAAACAGCUUAAGUCUUCUUAUCUAGCGCUGCGCACAGAUGACGUCACAACAACGUGACCCCCACCGAGACUCAGACAAACAUUGGCCAUUUCUGCUAGAGGUCGCAAGAACGCUGUAUGGAAACGCGCAGUUUGCUACCAGUUCUGCUCGCCGUUUUAGCGUUUUUAAGAGCGUUCCAGUUUCGAAAUUCGAAGAACUUCCAGGAAAAUAUAAUGUAGAACAAAUGAAAACAUUGCUCAAGUGCAAAGGAUUGAAGCAGAGGGGAAAACACCGUAAGAUAGGUUCUUUUCAUGUCUUUACUCUAUAAAUUCCAAACAAUUAAUUGUACAGAGUGCGUAUUGGAAGCUAAUUAACGUAUCUACACCAAUAGCAUUUUGAAAUAAAUUAAUUGUCCGGCUUAAAUACACCUGUCUUCCAACUUGGAGCGCUUAAUUUUACACACAGUACAAUCUUCAACAGGUAGGAUCGAAAUAUUACAACUAGUAUAGUCUGUUUUAGGAUGGAAUAUAUUAAUAUUGUACUGUCUAACGUAUCGUCAUCCAGUUUUUAAGCUUCUCUCGGACUCUUCUAUUCUUUACCACCGUCUUAGACAGAGACGUUUUAUUCCGUUUUACUUUAGUCUUGACUGCUUUCCCAUUUGGUGCUGUCUUGGCUGUGACAAUUCGUCUACCCUCUCCUUACUCUCCUGUUCUUGUGGCAAAUUGUUUUCAUCUUUUUUAAUUGCAUAGACGACAAAUAUAACUCGGACAAAUUGUUUCCUUAGCGAAGCAAUUGCGAGAGAGCGCGUUCAGAAAACUUCCCGCUUUUUUUGAACAAAUAAUAGAUUGUUGACUAUCCAAUCAGGGUUAAAAGAGACCAGGCAAGCCUAUUGUUCUUAAGAGAUAUUACAUACGGAGGAAGGCACUUAUUAGUAUUGAGGAACGCAUUUUUACCUAGCUAGCUAGACACUUACUAGGCACAUAAUUAAUUUGCAGGGAGGCAGUGACCAGGCACUUAAUUUGUAUGCAGGACACUUAUAAUAGUAUAGAGAAAGACAGUUUUUAGUAUGUAGGAAGACACUUCUCCGUAUUAAUAAAGGGAAGACAGAGGCAGACACCAAAAAGGCUUAAAUCAUCCCUUUAUCACUACUAGUGUCUGAAAAUAGUUUCUUGUGAAUAUUUGUUUUGCUAAAAUGCGAAAAAGACCUUGGCUAGCCAGUUUUUGAGAAUGUGUUCAAUCCUAGACAUAUCUCUCAAAAUGCGUCACAAUGCCCGACAAAGUGAUCAUAGCCUUGUUUACUAAGUAGAUCAAACAUUUUGGGUUUUCCUCGGCGCUUCGAGGCUCUAUCUUUCAAACAUUUGCUAGGAAAACAGAGAUGGAAUUUUACAUAAAACGGACUGCAAGAAGAUAAACUGAGUAGAGUAAAUGGCGAUAUGAAGAGGGAAGUUCUCCCACAAUUCAAGCAGUUUCAAAGAACUAUUCAAAAACAAUCGAGAGACUUAAAUCCUCAUUUAUGUUAAGGCAUGUGUUCAAAACAAGGCCCAACUCUGCGCGAGUUCUGCUUUCAUUUCCGGUUACGUACUUUCCGAUAAGGAACAGAUUUAAAAUAUAAACAAACAACUGUGUUGGAUAAAUCUGGCCACGGUUGUGGCAGGUUUAAUGAAAUCAAAGCUAACAGAAUCACAACACAUCGAUAUAAGUAAACCGAUUAACCUACUGAAUAAAAAAUGAGGCGACAAAAAUAAUACUAACGAAAAGUCUUUAGAGAACAUGUAGAGUCUACCAUGUAAAAGAACUAGAAGUGAAUACUGCCCAGUUCCUCAGCGGAGUUCAGCGGGGAUUCUCAUUUUAACGGAUUGUUGCGAUCGCGAUCACUAUAAAUAUUACCUCGGCACAUUUAGGUCUGUUUUCAUCUUCUGUGUUUGUAUGUUUUGACUAUCCCAAUAAAUGUCGACAUUCCAUUGUUAGUCAGGUGAUUUUACUCUAGGAACUUGUUUAUAUUUAAGCUGAAAAUUUGGCUCCUACCCUUCAUUUCUUUCGAAAACAAUGCAUUUACUGCAAUGAGCGACGUUAACUUUGUAGAAAACCGAUCAAACUGGGUCUUCUUGAGUACAAAUACCGUGAGAUAUUUGUACUCGGUUUGAGUGUUAUUUGUACUCUACUGAUUGAAGUUGAAUAAUAAUUCCAAAUAUUCCACAUCUGGCCUUAAUUACGUCGGUUGAGGUUCUUAACUUUGAAAGCUGUUGUAGUCUCAGCCAUUUCUCGUUUUAAAACUGUCGAAUGCUAUUAUAUCUUUCGACUAACUUCUAGAAUAUAAUUCCCCCUUUUUGAUACUAAAUUGGAGAAAUAUGGGAUGCAGAUUAAGAAAUCAAACUGACAAAAGUCAUACUAACAUGAAAAAAAAGGAGCCUGGGAUCGCCCCAUGUAAGGUGAUCAAGCCAGUCUUGGAUUCUGGAUUCUACGGUGUGGAUUCCAGAUUCCAGGUAGAGUACUGUGGAUUCCCUGUCAGUGGAACUUCAGGACUUCAAAGCUCAGGAUUCCGGAUUCCACGAGCAAACAUUUCUCAGUCUAGAAUCCGGAUUUCCUUACAUGGGGCGACUUUAAGGAAGCUUGGACUUUGGGAGUUAAAUAUAAAGAAAUGUUCAGUUACGCCCAACGUUCUUCCUAUUUUGUAGGCAAUAUUAGGAUUGAGAAAGUUUUUAUUAAAAGCAAAUACCGUAGAAAACUACAUAAAAGGUCUUAACGGAAUCUUUAAUUAUUUUCUAGACUUAGCGUCCAAGAAUGAAACCACUACAACGGCAACGCUUCCUCAGGACGCAAAUAAAGUAUCUAGUAAGUUUAAAUUUGUGUAACCUUUAGGUCUAUGACAUUGAUAAUUAUUUGUCAAAAGUAUGAAGGAAAAUCGCGAUAAUAAUAUCGUCAGUACGAGUAAGGCUUAGGCCAAACGUCGACUUUUUCAUGAGACGGACAAAACCGUGGGCGAAUUAAAUUCAUGAAAAGUUCGACAUCUGUUUCAGUUAAGUUCUAACAAGCUCCAUCCGUCUGCUUCAGACAAACAUCAGAUUCCCAUUAGAAACAUUCCAUAAGAAAGGUAAAUUUGCGUUAAGUCACGUGACCUGCUUGUAUAAAGCUGUUUAAAGUGCCCAUCACCUAAAAUUUUUCUAUUUUCUUAUCUGAAACUACACCUUAUCAAAAUAACUUCUGCGAAAAAAUUUUGCGAUUUCAACCAAAGACGAUUUUUUUAGAAUUUUUUAAAAACGUUCAAAUUUGCCCCCAUUUUGACAAACCAUUCGUCUUAGUCUUCUCUCGGACUAUGUCGUAUUUUAAGGAACACGUGACCUUAUCGACAGGAAAACAUUAAGAGUUCUGAUAGGUUUUUCUUUUUCAGAAAAACUUUCUUCUUACGAAGACAUUGUGAUUCAAUCCUUACUUGAAAUUUAUCGUUUUUGUGUACAGCUGGUGAAGGCAAGGUAAUGCGAGUUCCUUAAUUUACGUUACAUGACGUCAUAUGUGAGCUUGCUAGUUUGCAUGAUCAGCGGCGCGAGUGUACCGCAAAAAUGUAGACUUCAAAAAUUGCUAAAAAAAUCGCGUUUUGUUCAAACCGCAAAAUUUUUUCGCAAAAGUUAUUUUAAUAAGGUAUAGUUUCAGAAAAGAAAAUAAAAAAAUUUAGGUGAUGGGCACUUAAAAUUUGCAGUACUCGCACAAGUUUUGCGCAAAAGUAGAAAGUAGGAUGAGAGUAUGUUGAAAUAAUUCUUUGCUGACAAAUGCGAAGAUCUCUUCCAUGAAAUAAGAUGCGUCUCGGCAUAUUUAGGCAAUGAGCUCGCCGAUCUAGAAAUCCCUCUGGCGCAAGUUGCGGAAAUCAUAAGGUCAAAAGGAACCAGCUACCGUCUGAAGUUCCGUCCAGCUAAACUAUAAUUCUUUAAUUUCAGACAAAAUAGUUUCGUGUGACGUUACGUAUUAUUAAGUUAUUGGCCUUGUUUUUGCUUUAGGUGACUCAAAAGGGACAACUGUUGGCCCCUCUGUGGCAGGAAACCUGCUGGUUGUGAUUUUUGUUAUCAUCAUCAUGAAUAUGAUUGCAAACCUGUGAUCAGGCGUUCCUUUUCCUUUGGGGGAGCGCAAAAGUCAGCGGACAGGCAAAGGGGAGAAACUAGGAAACUUUUUCCCAUCGCCUCCCAAACUAAAAUAAGAGAAGAAGGACCGCCGCAACGCAGGUUAAAGCCAAUUCAAAAUUACUUAAAGCCACAUUAUCAAAGUAAGCCUUGGCCACCUUUUUCAUAUGAAAGUAAGUUUCCAGUCACAUGUAACUCUUAACACAUACCCAUAUAAAAUAUUUGUGAGUUAGCUUCGCUUUGAUGAAGAGGCCAAGAAUAUCUCGGAAAAGAACUAUUUCUAUGCUUCAUUAAGGGGGUUUCCUAAAUUAACAUGCCUGUCUCAAAUGAAUACCUGCAGCGUUUAUUUCAAACUCAUGCUUUUGUACCCGGUGUUUUUUAAUAGCUGCAGGCCUGUUCAUCACGUCCGGGUUUACUCAGAAAGAGUUUUCAAUUUUUUCAAUUCUUGAAAGCCAUGCAUCUUUUCUGUGUAGCUGAACUUUUUAAACCACAAAUAAAUGCUUGUGAGGCUUAUUGCAACUUUCUCUUUAGAUGGGCCGUGUACGUAUUCGAAGCCUGGCCUUCAAUUGAUUAAACAAGGCAUAUUGCCUAGGGAUCGUUUUGUAAGCUAGUUAAGGUGAAACAUCACUUAGACAAAUUUUAACUUAAGCGUUUUGGAAACUCCGUAGUAGUUCGUUAAUUUUAAGGCUUUUUUAACACGAACAUAGCCUGGAGAGGGUACACGUGCUGCCCGCUAUGUUACACAGGGGACAUAGGUUUAUUGAGCUAAGCGUUAUUCUCGCUUGUUGGGGUGGGGGAGAGGAAUACUCCAGACAAUUUACGAUUGACACGUCACAAAAAGCUUACAAGGCAAAACGAGCGUUGCAGAUUUUUGUGAACCAGUCUUUUUUAUCUCUUUUCUACCCAGAGAUACGAUAUUCCUUUCCACUGCCGUUUUGUUUAAACUUUAAAGGGUAAAGACGUUUGUUGCUUGAUAAGAAAUAGAACACAGCGGGUAUAAACAUAUUCAACUUACCCAUGUUUAUAAACUUCACCACUGGACACAUCAACUGAGGUCAUUUUGAUAUCUUAGCUUUGGGAAAAACUGAUUACCACCAUUAAAUCAAAGAAACAUUGCUUAUACAAGAACUGAAACCAGCUUUCAAUGUAAACGUCAGUAGCGAGAAGCUGAUGCUUCAUUAAUUUGCUGUUUAAGCUCUCUCUUCCUGCCUAAACAGCUGAACCCCAAUUUUUGCAGCACUGCCUGAGCUCUGUUUGCUGGGCAACAACACAACAAUGCAAAUGGCCGAUAUGGCUCUGGACAAACUGUGGUCCAUAGCGGCUUUUAUUGAAUAAUAAAUCCCAUCAUUUAAUUCUGAUACAAUAAAUUUGCCCAGUAAAGGUGCGGUCCAUGAAAAUCAAAAACGCGAACAAAUGGAAGUACAAGCCACAGAGGAUGGGACGCGGGGAGGAGGCGGGAGUUGAAAGAAACUUUUCCACCGCAAUCAAUCGAGGCGAAUGUCGAGCACAUGGACUGUUAUUAGUCACAUGAACUACGCACGACCCCGAGGAGGAUUCUGUCAUUACAAUUGAUUCCUCCCCUGUACCCAGUACCACUCGGCCGUAAAAACACAAGGCAUAAAAGAGAAGACAUGAAAAUCCUAUUGCAGGCAAACAUUUCACUUCUUUUUUUGUGCUUAAUCUUGGUCCUACUACCUUUUCACUGUACAUAAGUAUAGUUUUCAAAAUUGGAACGGUACUUUUGAAAAUGCAUGUUGAGUAGCAUACAAAACGUCAAGUUUAUAAAGAUGAGUAAGCUGAAUAUGUUUUGUCACCGCUGUUUGUGUUCUUUAAACGGUUUUCAGAUUUUGAACGGUGGUUUUUUCUUCCGGUAAAAUGCAAUUAGUAUGGAAGAGGAACCAUACCCAUGGAUCACGUAGCCAAAAAUGUAACUAAUUUUAAUGACUGUGGAGACUUAUCCCAAUUUAACCGGACUGCGCAGCUCAAAAAUUAUAUUUUAUUAGGAGGCCAAACCUACACAGCGUAAAUUACUAAUGGAAGUACCCGCUCCUCCCCACAGAGCUUGUAAUUGUAAAACCAACAAAGUUAAUGACUUCAGCAGUAACUAUAUGAAAUUUCUUGAUCCUACGGUGUUAUUUGAAUUGGAAAUUGUGUUUAAAUAAAGUUAUGGCUUACUGUUCUCAUAACUUUGUUUCAUAUUUAAAGUGCUUACUUCUAGAUACAAAUGUGCUAAGAAUAGUCCACUUUAUCGAUGGCGAAGUUUGACUACAACUACCAGAAUUCAUUUUGUUUUGGCUUUCUUAUUUAAAUUUGUCCCGGUGAGGUUAAAAAUAAAAUUUAGAAAAGCCCUAAUUUGCACAAGUAAAACAAAAAAUUGAACGAUUCUGGUAGUUGUGAUAAAAUGACGCCAUCAUGCAAUUGUUCUAUUUCGGCGAAAGUUCAAAUAUUUACAUAGCAAUUUUAAAAAGACAUAAAAUCGAAGGCAAGGCUGAUCGGACAGCUGCAAAGUGCGAUAGGUAAUAUAGAAUACAGCACGCAAUUGCUGUGAAUAUAGUGUCAAACAAAAUGGAUCCACAUUACAUUGGUGUAAGUCUUAGGGUGCUGUAGCCUGCAAAGCAGGCGUAUUUUGCAGCGCAAUCAUGUUUUUUUUCCGGGAAUAAUGCUAUCCCACCAUCUUGGACGUUAAAACUGCCGGAGAGUUGGGGCAAGUCAAAAACUGAAUUCAAAGGAGAGGAUGAUGGGAUUACUGCGCUUUUCACAAACACGCAAACUCUAAGUUCAAGAGCCACCUUCACAAUUGCGUUUUUCCCUGCCGUCAAUCAUAGUUACGAUCACCAGCAAAGAACCUUGAAACACAGAAACACACAAAACGGAUCGAAAUACACCAAUCACAAAUCACAAACCACGACCUUUUGAACCCGUUAAAGUGAAGUUCUACUUUUUAAGAGGUCCGCUAAGAUGAUUCACGACAGCGAACAACGCAAACAACGGUAGUUGACUUUUGAACUUCAGAAUUCGCGUGUUUUUAAAAAGCGCACUAAAAUAGAGCAGAAGGAGGCGGUGGGGAGGAAAAAGUACGCCUGCUUGUAGUUGCCCGUAGCCAUAAGGGACUUUAAGGUCCAAGUCACUUUUUCCAAGCUCCUGAGAAAGAGAAAUAAAAUUUCGUCUUUGCUUGUUUACGUCCUCCAAUCGUCCUCUCUAUAAAACGCGAAAAAAGGCAUUUUCACGUCGUAGUGGUGCAAAAACGGGAAAGAAAUGUACAAAAAAGUGUGAUGCACGUGCGAAGUUGUUGUUUUGCUUAUUAAAC